CUUGCUAUAGCACACUAUCCCUUCACACGGGAUUAGUACUUUCAAGACUCAGUUCUUUGUCAUUAGCUAUACCCUACCUUGUCGCUUCAAUCCAACUUUCAGCUUCAAUUCUUUCGGCUGUCGGACUUUGGGCUCUUCGUCUCCCUUCCCAGUGACGUCGAUUGUUAUUCGAAUUAAAAUACUCUCAGUUCUAAGACCGACACCCUCGUCAACUCAACAUUGAUGUCUGUUGACCUACGCACGAGCCUCAAUUGCCUUGCUCAUCCCGCGAGAUUUAUGCCUAUCUCAAGAACUCAGUUGUCGAGAGCCCACACAGGAGAUAGUAUACAGAAUAUAUCAAGUAAUAAUAUUUAAGCCACCGGAAAGGUUCGAGUAGACAAGCUGCCCAACAUGGAGCACGUAAGCAACAGUGUUUCCCUCGUUGAGUUGAAGAAGCGUUCUCUCAUUCCACAAAAAUGGGAGGGCCAAGUCCGUGCUAUCGGGAUAUCGGAGUAUAAGGAAGCAGCGUUAUCUCUAGCGCAGGCCUUUGCUACUGAUGAACUGGCACAGUACGUCCUUGAUACGGACGACAUGGUCGGUUACGAUGACGAGACCAAGUGGCGGCUCCACGUUGAUAUCUUCAACUACAUCGUGGCAGCCCACUGCUACAAGGGUGUCGUAACCACCAUCGGGCCGGACUACGAGGGCGUGGCGCUCUGGAUGCCGCCUGGCAAGGAGAUGGACGACUGGGUGACCAUCGUCCGCAGUGGUAUGUGGAGACUCUACUAUCAACUGUCUGCCGAAGGCCGGAAGCGCUACUACCAGGAACUCAUGCCGGUGCUCCAUGACACCAAAGCCGAGGUCAUGGGUGACAGGGACAACGACUGCUACUACCUGGUAUAUCUGGGCACCAAACCCAGUGGCCAGCGUAGGGGCUACGCGAGGAAGCUCAUGGAGCAUAUGGCUGCCAAGGCUGACGCCGAAGGCCGAGCCAUGUACCUCGAGUCCAGUUCGGAGAAGAAUACGUCGUACUACAAGAAGUUCGGCUUCGAGUUCAAGAAGGACAUCUACCUGGGUGUCCAUUGCAAGUCCCCAGUCCGUCUGAGCAUCAUGGUCCGCGAGCCGCAGAAGCUAUCCAAAUCGAUCCCCAUCAAGCUUAACCCCGGGUUCAAGAAGAUGUAAGGGUUGUCAAAUGGAUGAGACUGUUUCUGCUGCCAUCGCCCUUUUUUUUUUUUUUUUUGCCGCUGUUGUUAUUACUGAUGAAGAUGACGCUGAAGUUGAUAGGAGUCGAUGAGUUAUGAUCUAGCUUGCGAUGCGAAAUUACUCGAUUUGCUGAAAGUCUGAGUUUCCGGUUGCUUCUUGAUUCUGCUUACUCUUCUACUCUUUUUACUUCUAGGGUCCUCGUGGGGUAGAAAACCCCGGUGUUACUUUCUCACUCUCUUUAGUGGACGACCAAAUAUCUGGGAAUCCUUUACUUUUAGAAAUUUACCACGUUUCCGCCUUACUAGGCCUUUCG